UCACAAACACGGCACAUGUGCAUUCACAUCGGUCGAAACCAAAGAUCUAGCUAGCAGCUAGCUAACAUAUACUAUCUCCGACGUGGUCAGUUCGUUGGUCAGCGAUCUACCUACGAUGAGGGAGCUGAUCCGGCGGCUGAGCUUCUCGGACCGGGUGAGCGACGGCAGCGGCGGCGUGCCGCGCGGGUGUGUGCCGGUGCUGGUGGUGGGCGACGGCGACAAGGACGAGGAAAGCGAGCGGUUCGUGGUGCGGGUGGAGGCGCUACGGCACCCGUCGCUGGCAGCUCUGCUGGAGAUGGCGGCGCAGGAGUUCGGGUACAAGCAGGAGGGCAUCCUCCGCGUCCCCUGCGCUGUCCAUAAGUUUUUUUUUUUGAAAGAUCCGGCGAUGGUCGCUUGUAUUAAAAUAGCAGGGAGCACAUGGACAAGAAAUACAUAAAAGGAUGAAGGGUGAUCAGUGGAUCAAAGAAGUAAGAAGAAGAAGCAAAAAAGAAGGGGGGGGGGGGGGUGGUUAGCUAGCAGACUCUCAUGGUGGUUCCCCAAAGGGGUGUUCUAGGUGUAUUGCGCCUGCGUCGCGCCAAAGUCGCAAUGUUUUGUUGAUUUCCUCCUUGAUGUCUUGGACUUGCCCCUUCUUGUUCCUGAAAAUGCAAUCGUUUCUUUCCUUCCA